UUCUAUCACCAGCAGGGGUCACCAAUUCCAUUGGCUUUCCUAGCCUAAUUAUUCUGGUGGCACACGAUUGUGUUUUUGAUUAACACAUUUAUGAUGUGAAUUUAAUAUUUGUGCUUUGCAUUGAUAUUUUUUGUGCUUUAUUCUGGAACAUUUUAGAAAAUAGAGAACUGCAUUCAUAACAACAAAUAAAAAGCAGAGAACAUGACAAUAUUGCAAUAAAAAGAAAUAGUCUUUGUAGCAUUGGCUGCCAAGACCAACUGGGAGGAUAGCAUUGAAGCACAGGGGUCGUGUCCGAACUUUAGGGGAACAGCCCAGGUGGGUGUGGUUAUUACAUUUACUAACAGCAUAUUGAAGUAGGAUUAUCUGACAUCUAUUCUGCACUCACGCUCGAGACCGAGCUUUCAGGCUACAAGAGAGGCGUAGUCUAUACAAUAAUGAAUUCUCUGUUGAAAUACUUAUUGAUACUCCUGGGACUUGUCUCAAUAAUCAUCAACAUCGUGUUGAUAUGCUUAAAUUCAAAUAGGCUUCCAAAAUGUAUGUCCCAGCCGCAAGAGUAUCUACAAUUCAGGCACUCAGAUAAAAGUCUGGUUUUUGCGGACCUCACAGCAGAGGAGUACAAGUCUGUUCGCGACUACAUGUGGGCCCAAGAAGACUUAAAUAUCUCCCAUUCUUUCAUAGCAAAGCCCUCGGAGAAUUUCAUCUUUUUAAUUGACCUCUCGCUGCCGAAAAAGGCAGGUGUGCUGCGCUACUUGGACUCCAGCGGACCGAAGCCCCCGCGCGAAGCGAGCGUCCUCGUGUUCUGUGGCGAGCGCGGUUACCUGAAGGAGUACGUGGUGGGACCGUUAUCUGGUCGACUGCAGCAUCGCGAUGUUACUCAGGAGAAGUACAAUACUUCGGAGUUACCCUUCACAGCCCGCACGGUUACAAUCGGAGAGUAUGUGCAGCUCUUCACGCUCCUUAAUCACGUUUUCCAAAAACUUGAAAAACCUCUGACGGAAAGUUUUGGUUAUAUCCCAAAAGAAAGGGAGCUGCUGACGUUUGAAAGUAUGCCGAGAGGCACCAGAAGUGGAGACCGCAAGACAUGGAUCUCUUUUUUCCGCGAUUUCAGUGGCAUGUACAUCCAUCCCGUGGGCUUCGAGAUGCUGAUCAAUCACGAAAGCAGCAACUCGUCGAACUGGACGGUUGACAAGUUGUUGUACAACGGCCAAUACUUUGACACCGUUGAUGAAUUUGUGGCGAUUUACAAAGCGGGUCGUUUAAAAAAGAUAGUCUAUAAAGAAAUCCCAAAUUACGCUUCGCUGAAGCCAAGGAAAAAGCCUUCUGGUUUAGGACCACAGCAGUAUUAUCUUCAAGGGAGACGUUACAGCGUUAAAAACAACCAGGUGAUUUAUCUGGACUGGAGCUUCGCGUUUGGCUUGAGCUCUCUGACUGGGAUGCGAGUGUUUGAUGUUCGGUUUAAAGGAGAAAGGAUUGCGUACGAGCUCAGCGUGCAGGAGGCGAUGUCUGUCUACGGCUCUGUCACGCCUGGGAUGAUCCUCACGAAGUUCCUAGACUCAAGUAUCGGAAUCGGUCGCUUCGCUCACGAGCUCGUGCGUGGGAUCGACUGUCCGCACGCUGCCACCUUUGUAGACACCUACCGCUAUAUUGACACCAACGUUACGCAGCGUUUCAGAAACUCCAUCUGUGUUUUUGAACAUGACAUUGGGCGACCUUUGCGACGGCAUUUCUCCGAUUUCUUUCAUAUUGGGUAUGGUGGGAUGGCAAACGGCGCUCUGGUGUUCCGCACUAUCACUGCUAUAGGGAACUAUGAUUACAUAUGGGACUUUAUUUUCUAUCAAAGCGGAUCCGUGGAAGCGAGAGUUCACGCCACUGGAUACAUAUCUUCCUCCUUUAAGGUUGAUGGAAAUUUGCAGUAUGGCCACCAGGUUGCAGAGAAUGUCCUUGGAAAUAUCCAUACUCAUUUUAUCAACUUUAAAGUCGACCUGGAUAUUUUAGGUGUGAAGAAUGUAUUUCAGACUAAAGACAUGGUGUAUAAGGAAGUGCCAUUGCCAUGGAUGCCUUCAGAGAAAGCAAAGAUACCACAACUGGUGGAGCAGCAAAUUAAGACAGAAAAAGAAGCAGCGAUGCUUCAUAGCACCAAAACACCCCGUUACCUUCAUAUAGCCAGUAAUCAGACUAAUCAGUGGGGCCACCAUCGCUCCUACAGGCUUCAGGUGGUGAGCUUUGCUGGAGAUCACCUCCCUGAAAGUGAGUCCGUAGAGAAGUCCAUAUCCUGGGCUCGGUAUAAAGUUGCUAUAACCAAGCAUAAAGAUAAAGAGCAGACUAGUAGCAGUCUGUACAAUCAGAAUUACAUGUGGUCUCCAUUUGUUGACUUCAGCAAAUAUAUUGACGAUAAUGAUAUGAUCGUCAACGAGGACUUGGUUGCCUGGGUGACCACCGGUUUCCUACACAUUCCUCAUGCAGAAGACAUCCCCAACACGGUUACUGUAGGCAAUGGUGGCGGUGUCAUCCUUAGGCCGCACAACUAUUUUAACGAAGAUCCGUCCAUCAACUCACCUGAUGGAGUGUAUUUUGGUCCAGGCUCUGAGAGUGACUGUGAGUACAACAAAAUGGCCUGUCUGGAAAAGGAUCACUGCACGUCCACACUGGAGCCGUUCACUUACCAUGGCUUUGAAGGUGUUAUGAAGUUUGAGUAAGGAUCCUCCAUCCUCACACUACACUAGUUAGUUAUUUUAACAAGCACUUUCAUGCUUUUCUAGCUUUUUAUGUAAAUAUUAUUAAUAUUCUCUAAGUUUGUAGAAAAUGAUUGUGUGAUGUGUUUUAGACUAUUAAAUCAGCAUAUUAUUUUGGUUAUAUUCUUCUUUUAGAGACUUCAUUUUUUUUGUGAAGGUUCAUUUUAAAUUUAAAUAGAUUGAUAGAACACCUCACCAAAUGCACUAUUAUUUUUAUGAAAAUGUUCAUCCAUGAAAUAAAAUGUCAA